AUGUUCACGCCGCUCGGGCUUUUUGGGGCAAUUUCAUGCCCGCAAGGCCAGGAUUGCACUCUUUUGAAAUGCAUAUUCUCUCAUGACAAUGAGCCGGCCCCGGCUGAGGCCCUGAAUUCGAAGAUUCCAGCGUCAGCUGACGAUGGCCCUCCUUCCAAGCGGGCCAAAGUGGAAAACACGAAGUCGCCGGGGCGUACUAUUCCAUCUCACAGUUUGAAAGAAUCAUCGCUCGAAAUGGAACGGCGCUCAUCGAAGCCAGUUGCCUCAAAGCAAAAUCAGAACACACGAGAUAUCUCUGGAACUCAAGACAUCCCCCGGCCUACCUCAAGCCAUGGCCCACCAGAGCCUUCGGGGAACGAGCCUGUGAAGAGUACCAAUACCACGUCCGCUGGAUCUUCAUCACGACUACCACCCCGCAAAGCUCCAAAAGAGACUUUGAAUCCUCGCAUGCUUGCCCAUGCACCGGCAACUCAUGGCAAUGUUUUCGUCCUAACCCCCGACGAACUGAUCACAAUGGCGCUGGAUGAGGAAGAGAAAUUCGCGAGGGACAGUCCAAGCGUUUACAGCAAUGUUAUUAAACUUCGAAUUGUCAAGGUUACAAAGAUGGGCAUUGACGAAUGGACCAAGGAGGUGAUGUCUCAUCUGAAUGCGAGAUAUUAUAAGAUAAACCCCAUUCAGAAGCCACAAGCGAUUCCGAUGCCUAUUAGCACAGGCCUCACCCCCGCAGAAGAAAUCGCAGUUGUAUCCCAGCUAGUCACACCUCUCGCUGGCCUCGAACAACAUGGAUAUGUCACAAAGCCACCCACAACUGCAGAUAUAGAAACUGCCAAGAGAGGCGUUGACGAGUCCAAAGGUUGGGAGAAGUGUGAUAGAUGCGGUCAACGAUUCCAGGUAUUUCCAGGUCGUCGCGAAGAUGGUACCCUGGCCGGCGGUGGCUGCUGUGACUAUCACCCAGGACGGCCCGUUUACCCUCAGCGCAAGAAAACAGACCAUGUCACCGGUCCCUCCCAGCCAUACUUCCCCUGCUGCAGCGAAGCACUGGGAACGUCUACCGGCUGCACGAGAGCCGAGACACAUGUGUUCAAGGUAUCGGAGGCCAAGCGACUUGCAUCCAUCCUCCAAUUCCAAACAACCCCAUCUCAGCCAGGGAAAGGACCCCUGGAACCGGUCUCUAUUGAUUGCGAGAUGGGCUACACGACAUUGGGUCUCGAACUGAUUCGUCUCACUGCGGUGAGCUGGCCUAAAGGCUCUGAUCUCCUUGAUGUGCUGGUCCGACCUAUGGGUGAGGUAUUAGACCUCAACACACGCUUUUCCGGUGUCACGCCACAACACUAUGCUUCCGCCAUCCCAUAUGGCACUUCAUUGCCCAACACACACUCCCCGGCGGGAGACGAGACAAAGAAGACUAACCCACCCUUGCAACUUGUUCAGUCACCGGCGGAGGCACGCGAGCUGCUUCUGAAGCUCCUUCAGCCUGAAACACCUCUUAUCGGCCAUGCAAUCGAUAACGACCUCAAUGCUUGCCGUAUCAUUCACCCUACGGUCAUUGACACCGUCCUCCUGUACCCCCACCCCAAGGGUCUCCCCAUUCGUUUAAGUCUCAAGGCCCUUGUUCAACGGCACCUUGGCCGCGACAUUCAGAUCGGAGACAAUGGGCAUGACUCCAAGGAGGAUUCAAUUGCUACGGGUGAUCUUGUGAGAGUGAAGGUGGGCGAGAAAUGGAAAGAGCUGAAGAAGAAGGGACAGAAAAUCGAGGGGGGUAAGUUGGUCUGUCCGGAUGGCCAAGUAUCAACAUCCACAUCUUCAUGGACAACGGUCCAGAAAAGAAAGUCCAACAGAUGA